UCGCGAUUCCCGUGUCGCUGAGGCCCCGGGGGCCGCCCGCGCCGCCGGCCGCCAUGCCGCUGGGCCUGAAGCCCACGUGCAGCGUGUGCCGGACCACGUCGUCGUCCAUGUGGAAGAAGGGCGCGCAGGGGGAGAUCCUCUGCAACCACUGCACGGGCCGCGGCGGGGCCUCCGGGAACGCGGGCGCGGGCGCGGCGGGCGGGGCCGCGGGCACGGCGGGCGGCGGGGGCGCGCCCGGCGCGGGGGCGGGCACGGCGGGCGGCGGGGGCGCGCCCGGCGGCGGGCACGGCGGGCCGGGCUCGGGCUUCGCCGGCUCCUCGGCGGCGGCCUUACAGCAGAGUAACGGCGGCGGCGGCGGGGGCAGCGGGGGCGGCAAGCAGAGCAAACAGGAGAUCCACCGGCGCUCGGCGCGCCUCCGAAACACCAAGUACAAGUCGGCCCCGGCGGCCGAGAAGAAAGUGUCCACUAAGGGCAAGGGCCGCCGGCACAUCUUCAAACUGAAGAACCCCAUCAAAGCUCCUGAAGCAGUUUCUACCAUCAUUACUGCGGAAUCAAUAUUUCACAAGGGAGUGUAUUACCAGAUUGGAGAUGUUGUUUCUGUAGUUGAUGAACAAGAUGGAAAAACAUACUAUGCUCAAAUCAGGGGCUUUAUCCAGGACCAGUACUGUGAGAAGAGCGCAGCACUCACGUGGCUCCUCCCCACGACGGCCAGCCCCAAAGACCAGUUUGACCCGGCCUCUUACAUCAUAGGACCAGAAGAAGAUCUUCCAAGGAAGAUGGAAUAUUUGGAAUUUGUUUGUCAUGCACCUUCAGAAUAUUUUAAAUCUCGAUCCUCACCAUUCCCCACUGUCCCCACUAGACCAGAGAAAGGGUACAUAUGGACUCAUGUUGGGCCUACUCCCGCAAUAACCAUUAAGGAAACAGUUGCCAACAACUUGUAGUGUAGGAUGGCUUUUUAAGACUGAAUUUUCCUACGUCCUCUGGGCACAGCAUUACAAGAUGUCAGUAUACUUACUGAAAUUGUUGGCUAGCUGCAGAAAUAACUUUUAAAAAACCUUUCAUUAUUACCAGAUAGGCAAAUAGUUUUUAAAAUUUUUUCAUUAUUACCAAAUAGGCAAAUAGUAUAUUAUUGGAUAUAGUUAGCUUUUUCUUCACUCGUUUUUAAUUAGUCUUUUUAAAGAAUUAUCUUAAAGAGGUGUAGAAUAGAGUAGGAUAAGAUAAUUGUCUUUGCUGAGCUAGGAUCUUCUGCAGUGGAAGAGGCUCCUGAUGGAGGUAACCUCUGCUUUUCCUAGGAUAUAUUCCUGCCAUCAUUGUAAUGCUAGCUUCCCAUCCAAAAGUAUUACUUACUUGAUGCUCAGAUCUUGGAUCCCAGGCAUAGUCUUAGUUUGAUCAAUAUGUUGUAAAAACAAAUACAAAACUAUAAACAUUGUUAUAUUUAAAAUAGUAACAUUGUGCCAUGCUCUAUGAAAUGAAUACAGAGAUAAUCUACACAGAUUAAAUAGGAAAUCCCCUAAUACAUACAGUAAUACAUACAUUGAGUAUGUGUUAUGAAUUGUAAAUAUGAUCUAAAACCAAUAUGGUAGGUAGAAUCACAGUAGAAGGGCUUUGAACGAGUAGUCUGGGCAGGCCAGAUAUUUUUAUAAAAGCUUUCCAACACAGUUUGAGCUUCCAGGCAACCCUGGAUAUUCCUGCCACAGGAAUGGUAAGGUUGGCUAGUUGUUAUUGAUAGUUUCUCCCACUGAGAUACAUUUUCAAAAAGUGAUCACAUUCCCUACCUCCUCAGUUGUUGAAAACUGCUACUCAUUACCAGAUCCCACUAACUAACUGCUAUCAGCAUACCAUAUGACCAAAUCAUUAUCCCUUAAAGAAAGAAUCUUAGAAACAUUUCUCAUGGAUGUGUUAGUGGGAGCAGAGCUAAGAGAGCUCAGCUCCAGGACAUAAAGCUGGCAGAGGGGGGGCCUGCAUGUGCCUGCCUUCAGCAAGGGCCUUUCCCUUAGCUCUGCCCACUUGUUGAGCAGAAGAUGCUGGGAGUGACAUUUCAUCCCUCUGGUUUUAAAAUAUACAAAUUUUAAUCUCUCUUUCUUCCCUUUUCUGUACACACUUUGGCUUGUAUCUGGUAGAAUGAUUGGACUUGACUCUUUAAAUUCAUUGUAUUUUACACUCUUAUUUAUGUCUUCCACAUGAAUAGUCAUGAGUCAUUGUAAAUAUCAUGUAAAUAACUGAGAUAUACUAAUGCUUACCACCUUUAGAUUAAAAUAUAUUUUUCAAAACUACUUUGUAUUUAUUUCAUUUACAUUUUAAUACAGAGAUUGAUAAAUGAGCAAAAUAGCAGUUCCUCAUUCCUCUCCUUUUAAGUCUUUCCUGACUUGAAUCCUCACACAGUCAGUACAACACACUUCUGAACCUUCACUUCCAAACUCUGCCAAAUGCCCUCCAACCAUGGUUUUCAUACUCUUCACAUCUACCAGAUGUACCCGAGCCAUCCUCUGGGUACUCCAGCUCCACAGCUCAGCCUUUACCUUAUUUCACUGGGAACCAAGCCCCCAUUCCACUUCCUGGCCAUUUCAGUCAGUCAGACAACAAAAGUAUUAAGUCUCUGCUAUGUGUCAGGGACCAGAUGGAGGUACAGAGAAUAGAACAAUCCUAAUAUAAAGGAGAUAUUGGGAAGAAAAAAAGUGCCUAUACAAAUAAAUACUGCUUAAUACCAAAUACAUACUAUAGGUAACUAGAUAAAGUAGUUAUUAAGUACUUACUAAGUGCCAGGCACUGAACUGAAUGUUGAGAAUAGAAAUACAAGUAGCAAAAAAGUUAAUAGAAAUAAUCCACACCUUUAGCAAAGUUACAGGAUACAAAAUAAACCCACAUAAGCCUUCAGUAUUCUUAUAGAUCACUAACAAAAUUCAACAGAGUUACAAAGAGAAAUGCCAUUUAAAGUAACUGCUGAUAGUAUAAAAUAUUUGGGAAUCUAUCUGCCAAGGGACAGUCAGGAACUAUAUGAGCAAAACUACAAAACACCUUCCACACAAAUUAAGUCAGAUCUAGCCAGUUGAAAAAUAUUAAAUGCUCUUGGAUAGGCUGAGCAAAUAUAAUAAAGAUGACAAUACACCCUAACCUAACCUAGUUAUUUAGCGCUAUACCAAUCAGACUCCCAAAAAACUUUUUAAUGACCUAGAAAAAAUAACAAAGUUCAUCUGGAAGAACAAAAGGUCAAGACUUUCAAGGGAACUAAUGAAAAAAAAAUCAAAUGAAGGUGGCCUAACUGUACCAGAUCCAAAACUAUAUUAUAAAACAGUGGUCUUCAAAACCAUUUGAUAUUGGCUAAGAAAUAGAGCAGUUGAUCAGUGGAAUCGAUUAGGUUCAAAGGACAAAAUAGUUAAUAACCUUAAUAAUCUAGUGUUUGAAAAACCCAAAGACCCCAGCUUUUGGGAUAAGAAUUCACUGUUUGACAAAAACUGUUGGGAAAAUUGGAAAUUAGUAUGGCAGAAACUAGGCAUUGAUUCACACUUGACACCAUAUACCAAGAUAAGGUCAAAAUGGGUUCGUGAUCUAGGCAUAAAGAAUGAGAUUAUAAAUAAAUUAGAAGAACAUAAGAUAGUUUACCUCUCAGACCUGUGGAGGAGGAAGGAAUUUGUGACCAAAGAAGAACUAGAGAUCAUUAUUGAUCACAAAAUAGAAAAUUUUGAUUAUAUCAAAUUGAAAAGCUUUUGUAAGAAAUCAAGCCAUUCUCCAAUUGAUAAGUGGUCAAAGGAUAUGAACAGACAAUUCUCAGAUGAAGAAAUUAAAAUUAUUUUUAGCCAUAUGAAAAGAUGCUCCAAGUCAUUAUUAAUCAGAAAAAUGCAAAUUAAGACAACUUUUGAGAUUACAUACCUGUCAAAUUGGCUAGAAUGACAGGGAAAGAUAAUGCUGAACGUUGGAAGGGAUGUGGGAAAACUGGGACAAUGAUAUGUUGUUGGUGGACUUGUGAACACAUCCAGCCAUUCUGGAGAACAAUUUGGAACUAUUCUGAAAAAGUUAUCAAACUGUACAUACCCUUUGAUCCAGCAGUGUUUCUACUGGGCUUAUACCCCAAAGAGAUACUAAAGAAGGGAAAGGGACCUGUAUGUGCCAAAAUGUUUGUGGCAGCCCUCUUUGUAUAGUGGCCAGAGACUGGAAAGUGAGUGGAUGCCCAUCAGUUGGAGAAUGGCUGAAUAAAUUGUGGUAUAUGAAUGUUAUGGAAUAUUAUUGUUCUGUAAGAAAUGACCAACAGGAUGAUUUCAGAAAGGCCUGGAGAGACUUACAUGAACUGAUGAUGAGUGAAAUGAGCAGGACCAGGAGAUCAUUAUAUACUUCAAAUCAGUUUCAUUUGUUCAAUAAUGAAUAGAACCAGCUACACCCAGCAUAAGAACUCUGGGAAAUGACUGUGAACCACUACAUAGCAUUUUUGUCCACUUGCAUUUUUUAUUUCCUUCACAGGUUAAUUGUACGUUAUUUCAAAGUCCAAUUCUUCUUGUGCAGCAAAAUAACUAUGGACAUGUAUACAUAUAUUGUAUUUAACAUAUACUUUAACAUAUUCAACAUGUAUUGGUCUAUCUGUUAUCUGGGGAUGGGGAUGGGGGGAAGGAAGGGAAACAUUGGAACAAAAGGUUUGGCAAUUGUCAAUGCUGAAAAAAAUUACCCAUGCAUAUAUCUUGUAAAUAAAAAGACAUAUCAAUAAAAAAAUUAAUUAAAAAAAA